AUGAAUGAACCGGAGGAUCCAGGUGGAACCCCGAAACGAUCCAAAAUUGUUCGUAAAAGAGGUGCGAAGGAAUGUGGACCUGAAGUAGGCGGUGGUGAGGAUGACUUUAUUCCGUUUUUUAAGCCAGGUUAUCUGAGACUUUAUCCUGAACAUUGUACAAAUACGGACUUCAAAGUUUUUGUUGAAAGCCAGGACCGACAAGUUAAACUUGGAAAUAAAAGCCCAGUUUACUUAAAUCAUAUUUUUACUUCGGAGGUGAAAGGUGUGGUAGCUCUACAUAGAGUCAAUGCCAAUAAAAUUGCGGUUGUUUUUAAACAAUACAACACUGCAAAUAAUUUCAUUACUAAUACCGAAUUUUUAACAAAACACAACUUGAAGGCACAUAUUCCUGCAGCGCAGAUAGAAAAAACUGGAAUCAUCCGAUAUGUGCCUACCAACAUUUCAAACAAGGAAUUAUAUACCAAACUGUCUUCGAUAUAUGAAAUUAUUUCAGUGAGAAGGUUCAUGAAAAAAGUCGGUCAAAGUACUGUAGGUCUUGAGACUGUCAGUAUAACUUUUUUGUCAAAUGUUCUACCUGACAACAUACAAUAUGACCUAUUUUCAUUCAGGGUAUUUGAAUAUGUCCCGCCGUUGCAGCAAUGCUUCCGGUGCUUCAAGUUCAACCACCCUGCAAAAAUUUGUAACAGUAAACAACGUUGUUCAAUAUGUGCUGGUGAACAUAAUUACAGAGAUUGUGACAAAAAAGAGAUAUUGUGUUGUGUAAAUUGCAAUGGCCCUCACCUGGCCAUUUCCAAAACUUGCCCGAUAAAAGUUAAAAAAAUUCUUGAAAAAAAGGGUAACAUUACUUAUGCCUCUGUGGCCAAUACAAUUAAAACAUCUGAUUUUCCGUCUUUACCUGCACAGUCGAGCAGCUUUGUUAAGACCCAACCAAUAAGCCAAAAUGUAAAUAAAUUAAAUAAACAUGUAAAUAAUGUAAAUAAAACUGUGCCUGAACCCAAUUUGAACCAAACUCAGCUUAAGGCUCAAAUUGCAAACAAUAAGAAUAUUCUGAUGGCAAUGGUCCAAACUUUAGUUGAAUUAGGUAAUAAAACAGAUAAUGAACCUGUGACUACACUGUUCAUUAAAGACUUACUUUUAAAAAUCUGUCACAAUAAUGGAUAG